CUGGCUCGUGCGAAGUAGCUGCAGUGUCCUGACAGUGGUCAUGUCCAAGCGCCCGAAAAGUGUCCCGGAAAGUUAGGUGUAACUACCAGGGCCCGAGGAUGAUGCGACGCAAACCUCAGAUGUAUCUUGGCACAUUUUUGAUUGACAUGUCAUUUCAGAAUAGUCAGAGGAGCCACUGCGAAGGUGACCUAAUGUGUGACAGCGCUACACUCCUCCUGAGCUCUACAAUGGGGAAUUAACUUUGAUCCACACAGACCGGCGUGAGAUGUAAGGGCAACAAGGCUGGCUUCUGCCUGUGAGGUUUCCUUGGCUUAAAGAGUGCUCACUGAGUUGAGACAUGAUGGCCACUGCUAAAGGCCCACGGACGCAGCGCUACCGCCCGGCGUGCGAGUUUGACAAUGCCACGCUGGCUAAAAAAAGGGAAUACUGGCGCACUAAGAAACGAGAGCAAAGGGCAAAAGUCGCCGCUGUGAAUAAGAAAGUCGGAGGGCAGAACGCUGCGGUGGUUUGCAACGCGACGCGUCCUAAUGCAUCUGGCAGCCAUGUUGCACAGAACUCCACGUCCUGUGCCACUCUGCUGAAUAACGAUGGCUCCUACCACACAAACCCUUGUGAUUCAUCGGAAUCGAACCCUUGCGAGCCCUCGUUGGAAUCGGGGGUGUCAUUGGCUUCUGGCUACAACGAGCCUGGAGCGAAUGCUGACGGAGGUGAAGGUGAGGCGUCAGGCGGCUGUGUCGCAGGCCCCUCAUCACGGAACCCGCAAAACGCCUCCAGCACCGCAGGUCAAAGGGUCAGGUGGUUCCACAACAUGAAACUCAACCAAGUCCUACCAAAGUUUCCAGACGGGCUAGGAGCUUCGCAAGAUGGUGCCGCCACCACCAUGACGAGAUGUGGAAAAGCAGAAGUAAGGAUGCCUUCCACCACUACGGGGCCUUCGUUUGCUCCCAACUCCUCAGCUACGUCCAAUGGGUCCUUGCCCUCUGGUUCCCCUGCCCCAGUGCCUGCCGUUCGAGUCUCUGUACGCCCUCCCAUGACCUCCGUGAACCACAGACCUCCUCCAAGCAGAACAGCGACCGCCAACAGAUCACUUCCGUGCAACCAGAGCUUCUCGGCGAAGGCUUCGCCAGGGCUCGGCGACAACAGGAUCAGGCCUCAGGUUCAAGCUCAAAGCCCGUACAAAGCCGCGCCGCUGAGCGUGACGAACAAAGCGGGCGUCUGUGUUAAACAGUGCCCCUCAGGAGUUCGAGGUGCGAAUACAAAGACCAUCACCACUCCGCCGCGUGCCUUGAGGCCAAAGACAUCCGUCGUGCCUGACGGCGGAGGGAUGGCGGCGGUGCCCGAAACGGAGGAAGAGAGGGCGGCCAGGCGACGGGAGGUGUGGCGCAUCAAGAAGAGGGAGCAGAGGGCCAACAAGGCUGCCAGGCUGGCUAGCGAGAAGGAGAGAGAGAGCGGGCCGAUGCCUGCCGCCAGCGUGCCCGGGAGGCAAGCAGCGGUGCCGCGAGGGCCUGUCUGUGUGGAUCUGAACAGCCCGAGCUCAUGGAAGGGACAGCAGGGUCAACAGAGGCAAGCAGUGCAUCGAUACAGGGUCCCCGCUGCACCUUUGCAAAGACACAACCAUACGGUGACAGUGACACGCCCUGGCCUCAGCCGUGUCCCUGGGCCUGGGCGUGGGCCUAUCUCAAAAAGCACAAACCCAGCCCUGACGAACACACCUCCUCAGAGUAACUGUAUUACUAUAGACGAUGACCCUGUGCUGCCACCGCCGCCACAGGUUGUUGUGAAAACAGGAGAUCUGAAACAGAGCAGGGCCUAUUUUACACCCUCCUCCGCCACCUCGGCAACAGCGGGAACUCGUGUUGCGAGUAACAACAUGAACCUGGGGCCAGGCGUCUCUUACGCCUCUCGAGUGGUCACGGGACCCCCGUUUCCAAACACACUCAGGACCAACAACACCACAACAACAACAACAACCAUAAUACGCCCCAGGACACAAACGAACAAACUCAUGAGGUCGCAGCGCUUUUUAGGGCAGAGGAACACAUGGGCGACGACAGCAACCUCCGGGUCAUACUCCUCCUCCAGAUCGUCCUUCUCCUCCUUCCCCCCAUUCCGGGAAAACCCGAACGAGACGCCGGAGGAAAAGAUGGCCCGGAAGCGGGAGUACUGGCGUACCAAGAAACGGGAGCAGCGCGCCCGGCUGUCCACAGAGGUCAAGGCCAAACUCAGGGAGCGCGACAGCCUGCUGCGCCGCGUCAAGCGCUACCAGGGCAUCCUGGAGGACAUGCGGCGAGCGCGGCAGCAAACAGCUACGGCAUGCCAGAAGGGCCAAUCGCAGACCGGAAAUACGGCCAGGGUGAACGCUGGCACAAAUACUAGCAGUGUCUCCAUUGGUGGAAAUAGUGUUGGGAUGAACGUUGCUGGUGCAAGUACUAAUGUCAGCGGCAUGUCUAUUGGUGGUGGUGCUGGUAGUGGUGGGGGUCCUCUGCCGGGGGAGCCCAUUGGUGGAUUUAUUAAGGAGGAUGGGACUGUCACUGUUAGUGUUCCAACUACAGUGUCACCAUCUGGAGUGGGGACAAAUAGUGGGGUUGAGAAAGUGUCCACCUUAAAUCUGUUGCCACCACCACUCAUUACACGUGGUCAGGUGACCACAAGUCGAGGCAGAGGUUUCACUGGUGGAGCAAGAGGUUUCGGCGGUAGUCGAGGUUUUGGUUGUCGUGUGAACUUAAACCCCCCGCCGUUACAAAGACGAGCCGCUCAAAUGAGAAACACUCAUCCUGUCAGAGUGUCUGUCCAACCUCCUCCAAAACUGGUUUGUGUGAGACCCAGAGGAGCGGCCAUGUUGAAUAGCCAUCAAAACAGAUCCACGAGCCAAAUUCCUCCACAUGGCUCCAAAAUGGUUUCUGAGUCUGCUUUUAACAGGGGCGGUGGGCAGGGUAUGAAUAACAGCGCCUCAAAUCUGAGGAGGACCAGCACUAUAGCAGUAGCCAGGCCCAUGGGCAGGACUGUUAGACCCAAUCCAAACGACAACACGCUGACCGAAGAACAGAGGAUCGCUCAGAGACGCGAGUACUGGAGGAUCAAAAAGCGUGAGCAGCGGGCCAACCGGGCCGCCCGACUACGCCAAGGCAUGUUACGCGGACGGGCUCUGGCUGCUAGGAGACGACGACAGUACCAGAACCCCAACCAGAAUCGCAUUCCGGAACUUUCACCCAGCACUGGCAACCACACUACCACCACCUUCAACACCACCAACACCACCAACACCGCAGCUUCUACCGCUGCAGCACCACCCUUCGUCACGGUCAACGCUGGUUCAUCCAACCAUCUCGAGCCACGCAGCAUGCAUACGCUACUCCCACGGCAGAAGAUGAAGACCGAGAAAGACGACGCAAACUGUCCUUUAGAAGGACAGCCGCUCUGUGAUGUUGCUGACGUCAAGACUUCUCUCUUGCGGUCUGCGGAGCGUUCACACAGCGGAGGGGAGCCCCCAGCCUCCAGGGGCGCCGGUACCGAUGGUCAGAGCUCCACCACCCUCCUAGCCGUUGCCUCCAUGAAGAAACUUCUAGAAGAGUCCCUCUGUACUGUGGAGAACUCUGACAUGCCAGAAACAACAACGAAGACGACAACCAUACCAGUAGCAGCAAACAUCAAGAGGGAAGUGCCUUCUCUGUGUAAGGCUGAGGCAGAAGACCCACUUCCUGUAGAGGGCGAUAUGAUGAUGAUGGCCCACAUCAAGCCGGACCCUGCCGCGUUCCAGCCGGACCCACCCGUGUUCCAGCCGGACCCAGCCUCGUUCCAGCAGCGUUCGAGCAGCGUGGAGGCGAGCGACCUCUCGGCCGCCAUCUGUUUCUCGGUGGGCGUGAGCCAUCUACACGCCAACGACAACUCAAACUCAGGGUCCAACUCGCCACCGCCUCUGUCCCAUUUUCCACCACCACCAUCGUCACUACCACCACUCCGGUGCAGUCAGGACGUUCCACCACCACCACCACCACAACCACCACCACCACAACCCAUGUAUGCCCCCUCCUCCCCCUCCGCCUCUUGCUCCUUGGGUCAGGACACCAUGACCUCACCCACGUCGGCCCCUGCACCCCCUAUCCCCUUCUGCUCUCCACACAAGCCACCCACGUGCCCGCAGACCUUGAUGCAUCUCACCUCGCCACACACCACACAGCAACAACAACAACAACAAGUCUCACAGGUGCCUUGCACCACCCGAUCCAAAGUGAGACCGUACUGUGCUGCGUUGAGGCAGCCAGAAUCGCCUGGCCUUCGGCAGCGGAAAGCACCGGGGGGGUCGGGAGGCGGCACCAGCUUGCAGAAGAAGAGGGAGUACUGGAAGUUCAUGAAACGACAACAGAGGGCCCGCAAGGCACAGGAGAUGAGGGGCUUGCCGGCAGGAUCGCCAGGCACAAGAACACAUCAGGCUCCGAAUUUCGCCAGUGGUCCUCAGCGGCCCGUUCAUACCAGCUACCGAACCCCCAGCCUACCUCUCCACAAGCCUCUUCCCACUGCCUGUGCCUUGCAGAGUAGGACACGCCUCUCCCCCGUCCCUCACCCCUCGCCCCCUGACCAUAUCCCCAACUACAGCAGCAGGCAACAACAGAGUCUCCAUCCCUACGGCUUGUCUCCUUCAGACCGGUCGCUUGAUGUAAACGCGCAGGACCAGUCACCUAAGGAGAGGUGUGCUGCCCACUCCAGCUUCCCGUCCUGUUGCCUCGAACCCCCACCUCCAUGCACACCACCAGGUGGAAUUCGAGAUGCUCCACCUUCACCGGGGCAGCAAUGUGGUGCUCCCCUCUCUGUGACCCCUAGUGAGACACCCCCCUCGUCCUCCUCCUCCUUUGGUGGGCCCCUGCUGCUGGUGGAGAGCCAUAGGGACUCAGAGGGGGAGGGGGAACCCAGCCACAUCCCAGGGGUGCGACGCUGGUGCUUGCAGGAGCAUGCUGGAGGUGGAGGUGGGGGUGGCGGUGGGGGUGGGGGUGGUGGGGAUUCCUCCAACACACCCCCACAUCACCACCACCACCAGCAGCAGCAGCAGCAGCCUUCCCCAGUUCCGCACCCCUCUUGUGUGUCCAUAAAUGCCUCCGCACAUCUCAACCACCAAACCGCCAAGCCUGUUAGGUCCAUGGGGCCUCCGUUACACAUCAACAACGACUACAUCACCACCAACCACCGCCACCACCACAACAACACGAGGUGGUCGGCCAACGCCAGGCACGCGGGCGGUCUAAUGCCCCGCAGGAAGGGGAAGAGCGCGGUGGUGGACGACGAGGAAGUGAUGAGGCAGAAGAGAGAGUACUGGAGGACGAAGAAGAAGGAGCAGAGAGCUCGCAAGGCUGCCAGAGAGAAAGGCCUGGAGCCCGUGAUGAUGAUGGACAGCAUGGGUCAUCCUCAGCACCUCCCAUCCACGGACCAGCUGCCGCCAUGGCAACCUGGAGACAUGGACAUGGACAUAGAGCAAGGGCUGCCCAACACACAACACCAACUGCCUCAUGAUGCACAAUCUCAGGACUCCAAGCAGUGGUUCAAGGAGGAGGCUGACAUGGCUGUAAGUUCAUCGAUGGAUCAAGAUCUGGGAUACUAUGGCAUGUCCAGCCAAGCUGAACACGUGCAAGACAACACGGACAUGGCCUACCAGAAGUACCCCCACCACCACCAACACCACGACGACGACGGUGACUGCACGGGGCCCGUGUCCGUGGACGACUGGCGCAGCAGCUACCUGAUGGACUACGACCCCGCCACGCAGCUGCUGGUGUGCAUGGUGUGUGGCGAGCAGCAGUACUCCUACAGCCCAGAGGGGGCCCGCGCCCACAUCGAGGAGGCCCACCCGGACACGCUGUCCCUGGGCCAGCAGCAGCGCCAGAGGAUGCAGGAGGCCUGGGACCUCCAGGUGGCCCAGCGCGAGCAGUUCUUCACCAGCCAGCUGCAGCAGCGCUCCUCCGUGCCACACGCAGCAGGGACCGUAGCAGAGGUGGAGGUGACGGUGGACAUGGAGGACCCCUCUGAGUACAGCAAGUCUGCCAAGACGAAAAACAUGAGAAAGUUCUAAGUGGCAUUUUCAAAAUGGCAGCUACCCGUUUUACCCAACAUGCAUUAGUGAUACUAACUUCAAUUGAGGCAAAUCAUCUGCCUGCUACUGCUGCAUGAAGCCUUUCUUUUGUACUAGAGUGUAGCAACAGUUUUUGGGAAGUGUGUGUGUGUGUGUGUGUG